AAAAGCCCAGUCCGAUUGGAGUACAACUCUAUCCAAUUGCUAAUGCUACCUCUGGAGAAGAAAGGCAGUGCGCUCGGAGAAGGUCGCUGCCGCCGGCUGCAUCCCCGUCGCCCGUCGCCGCCUAAACCAAGCCAAGAUCUGACCCCUGCUUAGGCCCUUCCGCUUCUGAUCCAUGGAGGAGGCGGGUAAAGGGGAGGUCUUGGAGAGGAACACCAAGUCGAGGCUGGACAGCCAUCCGGGUUCGACGGCGAGCUUCUUCACCGACGACCUCAUCCUGGAUAUCCUCUCCCGCCUCCCGGCCAGGUCUGUCCACCGCUUCAAGUGUGUCUCCGUGACCUGGCGCGAUAUCAUCGCCGACUCCGCCAACCGCAAGAAGCUGCCCCAGACCCUUGCCGGCUUCCUCUACACGACCACCGUCGGCUGGAAUCGCCACCACUUCGCCACCGUCUCCGGCAGCGCAGCUCCAUUCGACACUUCCCUCCCUUGCCUGCAGCCUAACAAGUACAAGGACAUGGCCCAGGUGGACGCCUGCAAUGGCCUGCUUCUCUACCUAUGCUCCAGCAAGAGCGUGGUGAACCCUUGGGCUUGGGCGGAGGAUGAUUUCCGUUUUGUCGUGUGCAAUCCGGCCACUGGGAGGUGGGUGGAGUUGCCCCCUCAACCGCAGGCGCCGAUAUACAGAUAUAGAUAUAACUGUAUGGCAGGCCUGGCUUUUGAUCCAGCAGUGUCAUCCCAUUUCCACGUUUUUUGUUUUGAGGAGACCACUGUGAAAACCUACAUGACAGGAGUGAACAUCUACUCGUCACGAACAGGAGCCUGGAGUCGCAGAGAUGGUGGGAUUGCUGAGAAAGUGGCGCUGUUCUUCUAUAAUAAGGGUAUCUUUGUCGACGGUAUGUUGUACGUCAUUGGCAACCUGAAAGGCACCAGCAACGAAUAUGUGCUCCUGGGGAUGGACAUGGAGGGUAAAGUGCAGAAGACUAUCCCUAUGCCGUAUGGUCGAAGAUUUGGUACAAUUGGAUCGUCGCAGGGGUGCUUACUCUAUGCUGUAGCUUCCGUCGAUGAUAACAACAAAAUACUAGAUUCUGAGAUAGAACUCUGGUGCCUCAAGGAUUUUGACAGUAAAGAAUUGGUUCUGAAGCAUACUGCCAACAUCGAUGAGCUUAUGAGCAUGACUGGGGAGAAGUACAGGGUGGUUGGGAUUCAUCCAGAUUGCGACACCAUUUUCCUGGUUUCAUAUGGAGGUGAUACCUUGGUAGCAUAUGAUAUACGACAUCAGAAAGUUGGCCGUAUACUUAAUCUUGAGAAAAACAAUGCACAACGAUUCCUACCAUAUGUUCCUCUUUUCUCCGAGUCAUUAGCAGAUGCAGAUAGGCAGUAGCUUUAUCUUCAAGACACACCUGUGAUUCCUCCCAAGAGUUCGAUCUUCCGUCGGCUGAACUAUUUGUCUGUGUCUUCUGAAUCUGCUUGAAUCAUGCCGCUCAAUUUGCUGGUGAUUACACUCCUGCUUGCUUGAUUUCCAGUUCAAAGCAAGUGCCUGGUAAACCUGCAGAUCAAGUAUAAUGUCAUUUACAGGUUUAUAAAAAGUAUAAUGUCAUUUCCAAAGAACAUUGUUACUCCUGUCCUUGUUUACCUAGCACUAGUUGUUGUUUUUGACAUGUAUUAGUUCCAUGUGGCUAAAUUAUGCUGUAAUCGGUCUUCCUUUCCAUAACAGUCAGUUAUUAUGAUUAUCCUAAAUCCUAGUGCAGAUUGUAAA